AUUUUAUCAAAGAAAAGCAUGGGUGAUCAAAACAAGUAUUAUGAGUCCAUGGAAUGCAAAAAGAGGGGAAGACUAGUUCCUUUCUGGACAGUAGAGACUGCUUUCCAACGCAACUUUCUCCACAAAAUCACAUAUGCAAAUCACACUCAUCAAAACACCCAAAUUUCCGUUUCCUUUCCUUCCACCAAUCGGCUAAUAAGAAGACUCCAACCGACGUAAAAGACUGACUAAAAACAACCAAAAGAUAGGAGUGCCAUUACCACACACACGACAAGCAACAAGGAAGAAAUGUACAUCACUUCGACCCCAUCAACCCCACCCCCUUAAUUAAGUCAUCGAAAAUUUGCUCGGCGCACUCCGCACCACACACGAUCUCAACCCCCACCUGUCUCUCUCUCUCCUCUCAUCUGCGUCUGCUCUGCCUUCUUUCCUUGAGGGUGGGCAGGUAGGUAUGGCUUCGUGCGUGAGCGACACGGCUCGAACACUCGGCUGCAAGGAAGUGCCAGCGACUCACCUCAAGCUCAUCCACUUUCAGUGAUCUUCUUAACCAGUGUUUGGAUAUUCUUCCCCUGUCCUCCUGGCUCGUUACUUCCAAGCAAGCCCGUACGAUAAGGGAUUUGUAAUCAAGUGCUUCGCUGCUGGAGUCAUCCUUUCGACCUCCUUAGUCCACGUCCUCCCCGACGCCUUCGGCGCCCUGUACGACUGCCACGUCGCGUCUCGUCAUCCGUGGAAAGACUUCCUCGCCGGGCUGGUGACGUUGGUCGGGGCUCUGCUGGCUCUUUUCGUGGACUUAACCGCAAGCUCCCACGUGGAGCACAGCCAUACGAGUGGGGAUUAUUUACCGGUCGUGACAGAGGACGGAUCAGUGGGAAAAAAAGUUGGGAAAUCGAACGAGGAAUUAGUGAAGCUGAAGCAGAAGCUGGUUUCUCAGGUUUUGGAGAUUGGGAUCAUUUUCCAUUCGGUAAUCAUCGGAUUGACGAUGGGGAUGUCGCAAAAUCAGUGUACGAUCAGACCACUGGUUGCUGCGCUCUCCUUUCACCAGGUCUUCGAAGGCAUGGGCCUUGGCGGCUGCAUUGCUCAGGCAGGUUUCAGUGUGGGAACAGUGGCAUACAUGUGCGUCAUGUUUUCAGUGACGACCCCAAUGGGAAUAUUGUUGGGAAUGACAGUGUUCUCAUUGACGGGAUACGACGACAGCAGCCCAAAUGCCCUGAUAAUGGAAGUGCUGGGUUCUCUAUCGUCGGGUAUUCUCAUUUACAUGGCUUUGGUUGAUCUCAUUGCCGUUGACUUCUUCCACAACAAAUUGAUGGGUUCACAGACGUGGUUGAAGAAGGCUUCGUUCAUCGCCCUAGCCCUUGGCUCUACCUCCAUGUCUAUCCUUGCACUCUGGGCUUGAAAUUUUGUAUCUAUCUAUAUAUAUCUUGAAAAACAAUACAAAAUUCCAUUUCCAUAUCAACAUAUGACAAAAUGCAUGGAAUUGGAUUAAUAGAUAUGCAUGUCUUAUAAUUUACAUACUUUUGCUGCUAGAUUGAAAGUCAGGAAGAACAUUAAGAGUACUGAACAUGAUAGACAAAUAAAAGAGAAAGUCAUUGGUAAAA